AAGUAAAACAUACUCCGUAUUGUAUAUUUGCCGCCCCCGCGCGCAGCCAGCUUCAAUGCCACGGCGACCUUCGCGGCUCGCGGCUCGAUCGCUCGCAUAUAACGCGAACACCCGCCACCUUCCUCAAACUCAAGCAGCGCAAACGGGCCUCCAGACUCGAGAAGCAGAAGCAGGGGAAGCAGAGAAAACAGAGGAUGAAGCAUCUCAUGUCGCCGAGGACGACGCCGACGCGGCGCGCGGCGCUGCAGCUGGGCGUGCCGGCGAAGAGCGGGUGGGGGCAGCAGGGGAGGACGCUGGUGGUGGCGGUGCGGAGGGACGCGGCCGGGAGGGAGCUCCUCGCCUGGGCGCUCGCCGAGGCCGCCGCCCCCGGCGACCGCGUCGUCGCGCUCCACGUCACAGCCUCCGACGGGUCGCCGGACACGGCCGGAGCCGCCGAGUCGCUCGCCUCCGUCCUCGGCGCCUACGACGGCUUCUGCAGUCACAAGCAGAUCGGCCUGGAGCUGAGGGUCUGCCAUGGAUCGUCCGUCAAGAAGGCUCUCGUGAACGAGGCCGUCUCCCACGGCGCCUCGCAGCUCAUCCUCGGGGUCACCAGGCACUCCAGGCAUCUCGGAGUGUCCGCCACCGCCGUCGCCAAGCACUGCGCGAAGAGGGUCCCGCGGAGCUGCUCGGUUCUCGCCGUCAGCGAUGGCGCCGUCGUGUACCAUGGCAACGCAAUGCAGGACGAGACGGAUAUCACCCACUGCUGCACAAUGUCUUCCCCUCGGAAAGAUUAUUCUCUGGUGGCGGAGACGCCGCGAAGGAUCUACCGGAAGAUGCUCGACGCGGCGGCGGCGAAGCUCGGGGACAAAGCGCAGGACGACUCGGCGAUCGGCCAGUGCCGGCCGUCCUUGCGGCGGAGCACGUCCACGUCGGCCAGCGCCCCUGUCUCGCCCAAGGUGGCGGCGGCGCCACCGACUCCGGCGAGGUGCCGCAGGCGGGAGCUGCCGGAGGUGGCCGCCGGGUGGCCGCUGCUGAAGAAGGACAUCAUGGCUGGCUCGCCCGAGUGCUCGGAGAUGUCCGUCGUCGAGUGGGCCAUGCGGCUCCCGAGCCGGUGCUCGCGGCUGUCGCCGGCCAGUUCUUCAGGCAGAAGCUCCGAUCUUCUGAGAAGACGUGAUUCGGCAGAGCUGUCUCCGGCAAUGGAGGAACCGGAGGAGGAGAUUCCAGAGGAGCUGGCUUUGAUCAGAGAGAAGUACAAGUCAGUGUACACCUUGUUCAGUUACAGCGAUCUUGCAAAGAUCACCUCUGACUUCUCACCAGAUUGUGUCGUCGGGAAAGGCGGCGCGAGCCGGGUGUACAGCGGCAGGUGCGAGGACGGCAAGGAGCUGGCCGUGAAGGUCCUGAAUUCUUCUUCUCCGGAGGUGGUGAAGGAGUUCGCGGCGGAGAUGGACGUCGUCAGCGCCGUCGACCACCGGAACGCCAUGGCACUCGCCGGGUUCUGUGUCGACCACGGCAAGCUCAUGCUGGUGUACGACUACAUGCGCAGGGGCAGCCUGGAGGACAUACUGCACGGCAAAGCAGGAGGUUCAGAGCUCGGUUGGCCGGAGAGGUUCAAGGUGGCCGCCGGAGUCGCGCGCGCCCUCGAUUAUCUCCAUGGCGGCUGCGGCGGUGAUGGCGGCGGUAACCGGCGUCGGGUGAUCCACCGGGACGUCAAGUCCUCCAACAUCCUCGUCUCUGAAGAUUGCGAACCGAAGCUCUGUGACUUUGGUCUUGCGCUGUGGGCGGAGAACGCGGCGGCGCAGAUCACCGGCGACGACAUGGCCGGCACGUUCGGGUACUUGGCGCCCGAGUACUUCAUGCACGGCAAGGUGAGCGACAAGAUCGACGUGUAUGCCUUCGGGGUCGUCCUCCUCGAGCUCGUCUCCGGGAGGAAGCCGGUGAGCUCCGGCGGGCCCAAGGGCCAGGAGAGCCUGGUCAUGUGGGCCAAUUCCAUCGUGCAAGGAGGGAAGCUGACGGAGCUCGUCGACCCGAACCUCCCGACGGACGGCAGCGGCGAGGUCGAGAGGAUGGCCCUCGCCGGCGCUCUUUGCAUCAGGCGAGAGCCGCAGCGCCGGCCGAGCAUCGCAAAUGUGCUGAAGCUAAUCGACGGCGACAGCGACGCCAUCAAGUGGGCGAGGUCACAGCUCGGCGUGUCAGACACCGACAGUGAGAAAGAUUACAACGCCGUUGACAUCGACGAUGAUGAAGAAGAUUACAGUGUAGUCACUUUGCCAGAGAAGAACGACAUCCAGUCAUACAUCAAACUCGCCCUGCUCGACGUCACCGGCGAGGACGAUGAUGAUGCCAUGUCCAUCAGCAGUGACUUCAUCGCUGCCAACAUGUCCUUGGAGGAGUACAUGAAAGGGAGAUGGAGCCGAUCGUCGAGCUUGACUGAAGACGGAGACACCAUCCAUGGUGGGAACUCCCGGAUCUUUGUGUAGAUAUCAGCAAUUCUUUUGACUAGUCCAAUUUUGUGUAUCGAAACCAGGUUGCAGAAUCAAACCUGCAAUGCCCUUGACAAGUUUUGAUGUUUCACCUUGGGAGUCCAUAACUCCACAUUCCAUGGUUCAAAGAGAACUAUGGACUGUAAAGUGUAAAAUAUAAUUUCUUUCUACUUCUAGUGUUGGUUCCAACAACAUUUGGAAUUUGGAGGCAAAUUAGCUAGCAUCCCCCGUCCCCAACGUCCUCAGAUCCAAAAUCACGAGUCCUUAAAUUUGUCCAGACAACCCCGUCAAGAAUGGGAAGAAAAAUCUGAAUUCUAAAAUAAAUGCUCCAACAUAGUUCGCGCAAACCAAACACAUGUUUCUGAAACAUAAAUAUACACACAAGUAUAUGCUACUCCUUCAUAAAUAUACACACAGGCAUAUGAUGUACCUAUGCCUAAAAAGCGUCUAAAUACAUCUAAUAGAAAGUCACUUAAUAUGAUGGGACGGAGGGAGUAUUAAAAAACUCAAGCAUAAACAAUUCAGAAUCUUUUUUUCUUUUCGAGGAAUCACAAUUCAGAAUCUUCGUCUCAGAUUUCAAACUGUAGUUAUGUUCCAAAAAUCACAGGUCAACGAAAAGAGGUAGAUUGCAUGAUUAGUCUACUCUGCAGCUACCAGGAACAUGUUGUGAAUGUUUCAUCACAUGCGGCAGCACCAUGCAUAAACAGGCACGACCUCCUUACAAAUAUAGCAUCUGUAGCCUAAACAGCAUGGAUUUGCUAAGAGAAGCAUGUGCAAUUAUGCAAUUCAUCAAUGGUUCAUCAUCAUCGCACCUAGGUCAACAAGAAAUGGAAUGACACCCUUGCAGAAUGAUUAGUUCACAAGUCAACAUUCUUACAAGUAGAUGAAUGGACAAUAAUUCAAGUUAAGAGCUCCCAUAAUGAAAUCACGGAGCAACUUCGGCACUUCGCAUGCAAGUGCUUAGAUAAAAACAAAGCUAAUAUCAUCACAGGAGAAGAAAUGCACAUCCAGCACGAGUAAACGUCUGUGUUUAAAUCAUUUCUAUUUCCUGCUAGUUGAAUAGAUGCACACAGAUAUCCAAUCAAAGAAAUCUAGCAUUAAACACACCGAUGAUAAGCUCAAUCAGUUUGAAACUGGGAAAUGCGUACAUAUGCUGGUUAAUAGUUCUGAGAAUUACUUAGUAGAAACACAUGGUCGACUGAAAAUCCUUGGAGAUUCAUGAACAAACCGACCUCA